AUGGAUUGACCAGAUCCGCAGCAGCAGUCCGAUCCGGGAAGAACAUUUCAUUCCGGCUCAACCGAAGCACUUCGUGUGACAUUCGUUUUGACGGAGGAAACACCGAUUGGUACGAGGAUCGGUAAUGUAUUGCAUAGUCUCCAAAAUACGAAUGCACCCAUAAAACGUGGUUUUGCCUCUGGUGCACAACUACUAGAAUUAAAGUCGAAUAAAUAUCUUGGUUUGAAUGGGACAAGCGGAGAUUUGUUUGUUCAGUCACGUAUUGAUCGUGAGUCUUUGUGUCGCGAUGUGGGAACAUGUUGUGCAUCCAGCGUCCAUAAUAUGGAUGAGAGCAACACAAUGCGGCCGCAAUUUCGAGCUGUACAGAAUUCAAAAUUACCAGAACCUGUAUUUCUGAACUGCUUUCUUCGCAUGCUUGUGCUUCAGAAUCCCAGUUCAGAACAACUAAUCGAGAUCGUCGUGUACAUAGUUGACGUGAACGAUAAUCCACCCAGAUGGUCUCAACCAGUAUUGGAUCUGGAAAUCCCCGAACACGUUCCAAUUGGAUCAUUAUACAAACUUCCAGAGGCCACUGAUCCCGAUCAAGAACCGGCCAACACAGUGGUCAGUUAUCGUUUAUUUCCAGCUGUUUAUAACCCACAAACCUCCCAAGUGCGUUGCGUCCAGUGUCCCGAUCGGGAAUCCAUCGGAUCAUACGGUUUGCAGAUUCCAGCACAACAAAACUCCUACUUGUUCAGCCUAGAAAGUCAAGUGGUUGAUAAUACGGCCCUGUUGGGUCCAAAGUUCAAGUUAAAUUUGCGCGUAGAUAGUGAUUUGGAUCGAGAAAAGCAGGCGAUACACUACCUCAUUUUGAUAGCCACUGACGGGCUGGAGGAAUUUGAAUCAUCUCCUUUAUGGCCUCUGCCCGUGGUUGGCAGUGAAACCGUUGGUGUUUCAUACAGGACACGUCACACAGGUACCCUAACGAUCAAAGUGAUCGUAUUGGACACGAACGAUCAGCCACCGGCUGUGGCACGCGAUGCAGAUGUGAUCGAUCGAAAUGCGCUGAUUUAUAAAAUUAGCAGUUCCGCCAAUUCGGAAGUACUUCGUUGCUUUGCAAUCAACCAAUCCACCGGGGAAGUGUACAUCCGGAACCGAUUGUUCUUUCCAAACGCCUCUCUUCUGCCCGAUUCUAGUCCCAAAUCAGUCUCACAUUACACCGGACAAUCUCCCAUAUUCGGUUACAUAAUUCCCAUACAAGUUAGUGACCGUUUGCACCAAGCUGAAGCCAUACUGACAGUUCAGUUGACUCCAGUUAACACACAACCGCCAAAAAUUUCGAUCAGUUCCCAUUUGCGCAUGUCCAACACAGGUGAUCAACUAUGGAUUGCGGAAGACACACCAGCAGACUCUAUUGUGGCCAUGAUUAAUGUGUUAGAUCCAGACAAGCCACUGAAUUACGGGUCGGAAGAAGAAGAGUUACUAAAUACCAGCCCAGGACGCGUAAGCGGUCGCCCUCAGUGUUUUACCAAUCAUGAACAAUUUGUAAUUUCGAUCAGUUCCCAUUUGCGCAUGUCCAACACAGGUGAUCAACUAUGGAUUGCGGAAGACACACCAGCAGACUCUAUUGUGGCCAUGAUUAAUGUGUUAGAUCCAGACAAGCCACUGAAUUACGGGUCGGAAGAAGAAGAGUUACUAAAUACCAGCCCAGGACGCGUAAGCGGUCGCCCUCAGUGUUUUACCAAUCAUGAACAAUUUGUAAUUCGUCCCUUAACGGUAACCUCUGCCACGGAGUUCAAACUCAUUUUAAGAAAAGUACUAGAUCGCGAAACUUUGGAGUCACAUUCAGUGCGAAUCGAGUGCUGGGACGCGGGAACUCCACCACUAUCGUCCGAAUUGCGGUUCUUUGUCCGUGUGGAGGACAUCGACGAUUCGCCACCGCAAUUCGAAAACUCUNGAAAACUCUGUACAUCGAUCCAAGCCACAGAUGCCGAUAUUGGAGAAAACGCACGCGUGGCCUACAGAAUUAUUGGUCAAGUCUAUACACCAUCACAACCCAACUUGAAACGGCCGGAAGUGACUGCUUUGGUCUCACCCGACAAACCCUUGAUUUCAAUUGAUAAAAUAACCGGUGAAAUUUUCAACGAAGUGAUUUUCGAUCGCGAAUCGUUGGAUCUCAUUAAUUGUACCGUGGAAGCAUACAGUCCGGUGACGGAGAGUGGAGAACAAAUGUUGAAUGUUCCGCCGGAUAGGCCGAGAACUGCUUUCAAAUCUCACAUGUUUGUCAUCAUCAGUGUGGAAGAUGUUAAUGACUGUGCGCCUCAGUUCAACAUGACCUCGUAUGAGUUUACGGUGCUUGAAGGACAGCAAUCACAUUAUCAAAAGUCCGAUGGAGCUGAUUGUGGAGAUGGUUUGCACAGUGAUGAGACAGAUACGUGA